UCUGUGUGAAGAAUUCCAAGUGUGGCUUUCUGCUGUGACCCAGAUAGAGCUGGAGCCAACUAUUGACAUAUCCUGUGCUAAAUAUGAAUAUACCGAUGUCUUGCUAUGCCACGAUGAUGAACUGGAAGGUCGGAGAAUCGCUUUCAUCCUGUACCUUGUCCCACCCUGGGAGAAAAGUGAUGGGGGAACGUUGGAUCUCUACAGCACAGAUGGUAAAAGCUCCAAGCUCAGCCUCAGAACACUUUCAGCCACAGCAAAUCACCAAGUCAUUAGUGCCUUCAUGGAACACGCUGAUUUUCUUUGAAGUGUCUCCAGUCUCUUUCCACCAGGUGUCAGAAGUUCUGUCGCAGAAGUGCCGCCUGUCAGUGAGCGGUUGGUUCCACGGCCCCUCUGUGGCCAGACCUGCACGGCACAUUGAAGCCCCCUUGGCCAGGAGCCCACACAUCCCCUAUGAUCAUGAAAUAUUGUAUGAGUGGAUCAAUCUAGUUUAUUUGGACGUGGACUCCCAAGCUCAAAUCCAGGAGGAAUUUGAGGACCGAUCAGAAAUUCUCCUGAAAGACUUUCUUAAGAAAGAGAAAUACCAACUACUGUGUGAAGCAUUGGAGAGCAAAGAGAUCCAGUGGAGUAGUCGGGGGCCAGCCAAUAAGAGAUUCUAUGAGGCAGCAGAGGAAGACAGCCUGCCUGACACACUGAAGAAAUUCCUGCAGCUGCUGCGCUCUGAGGCCUUAUUUUUACUGCUUUCCAACUUCACUGGCCUAAAGCUGCACUUCCUGGCUCCCUCUGAUGAGGAUGAAGAUGCAGAGGAGGGACAAGCAGCAGACAGCACUGGGCACAGCAGUCUCAAACCUGAGCAGGAAGACACUGAACAACCAGCUAAUGGCAAUCCUGAUCAGCCACACCAGCCUGAGAACACCCCUGAAGCACAGGAUGGCAAGAUGCAGAGUGGCUCAGGCACCCCUGUGUGUGCAGGGGAGCUGCGACGCUGGACCCACGGGCACUACACUCUUGUCCACGACUCUCAAGCCACAGAAUUUGCUCUUGACCUGCUCUUCUUCUGUGGCUGUGAAGACUGGGAUCCUGAAUAUGGUGGCUUUACUUCCUACAUUGCUAAAGGUGAAGAUGAAGAGCUGUUGACAGUGAAUCCAGAGGACAACUGCUUGGCCUUAGUUUAUAGAGACAAGGAAACUAUGAAGUUUGUGAAAUACAUCAACCAUCGAAGCUUGGCAUGCCUGAACAAGCAUGCGAACAGAACAGGAUUUUGGGAUUUUUCCUUUGUUUACUAUGAGUGAUGGUGCAUUGUGCCCACUAUCACAGAGAACAGCGGUGGGUGGUGGGCAGGUUCCUAUCCAGAUGUUCAGCUCUGACCUAAGCACAGACAAACUUUUCUCAUGGAGCUCCAUCACACUGCAUAAUGUGGGGGCAGAUGGUUUUUUUAACUGCAAAAAUGGAAAUUGUAACACACUCUCAACUGCUUUUAAUGCUCUGUGGAUGAGGCUGUCACACAACUGUCAGCUUUCCAGCUGUUCUCAUGGGAGCAGCACAGUGGCAUCUCUGACCCAUCAGGGUGAGAAUUACUGUACAUUGCCCAAGGUG